AGCGGGCAUGACAGUAUUACAUCCAUUAUGCAGCAUAUUUAUGGCUUGUCUACUGUUUGCUGUGGUGAACAGAGGAGCCGUAUCUGCUGCCUAUCCUCCAGGAACUGCAGUUUCCUGUGUGGAAAGCUGGGGAUUUGCUGUAAAAUGGGACUCCUGACUGUAUUCACUGGACUGUGGCUGUUUUCUUUAGUAAAGGCAGAUUCAAAAGCCAUUACAACCUCUCUUACAACAAAAUGGUUUUCCACUCCAUUGUUGUUAGAAACCAGUGAGUUUUUAGCAGAAGACAGUCAAGAGAAGUUUUGGAAUUUUGUAGAAGCCAGUCAAAAUAUUGGAUCAUCAGAUCAUCAUGGUACUGAUUACUCCUAUUAUCAUGCAGUAUUGGAAGCUGCAUUUCAGUUUCUGUCACCUCUGCAGCAGAAUUUGUUGAAAUUUUCUCUGUCUCUCCAUUCCUACUCGGCUACAAUUCAAGCCUUCCAGCAGAUAGCGGCUGACGAACCUCCACCAGAGGGAUGUAAUUCAUUUUUUUCAGUUCAUGGAAGGAAGACCUGUGAUUUUGAUACCCUUGAGACUCUUCUGUUAACAGCAUCUGAAAGACCCAAACCCUUGUUGUUCAAAGGUGAUCACAGAUACCCCUCCUCCAGUCCUGAGAGUCCAGUGGUGAUUUUCUACUCUGAGAUCGGCUGUGAGGCAUUUUACAAUUUCCACCACCAGCUUGUGUCACAAAGCAGUGCAGGCAAAAUCAAUUACAUAUUCAGACAUUAUGUAUCUAAUCCCAGAAAGGAGCCUGUGUAUCUCUCUGGCUAUGGCGUGGAACUGGCCAUCAAGAGCACCGAGUACAAGGCCAAGGACGAUACUCAGGUGAAAGGAACUGAAGUAAACACCACAGUGAUUGGUGAAAAUGAUCCUAUUGAUGAAGUUCAGGGAUUUUUCUUUGGAAGAUUAAGAGACCUGCACCCUGACCUGAAGGGACAGUUGAAGGAACUUAGAAAGCAUCUUGUGGAGAGCACCAAUGAAAUGGCACCUUUGAAAGUUUGGCAAUUACAAGAUCUAAGUUUCCAGACUGCUGCCCGAAUCUUGGAUGCUCCUGUUGAAUUAGCUUUGGUGGUUAUGAAGGAUCUCAGUCAAAAUUUUCCUACCAAAGCCAGAGCAAUAACAAAAACAGCUGUGAGUUCAGAACUUAGAACAGAAGUGGAAGAGAAUCAGAAGUAUUUCAAAGGAACUUUAGGAUUACAGCCUGGAGACUCAGCGCUGUUCAUCAAUGGACUUCACAUUGACUUAGACACACAGGACAUAUUCAGUCUGUUUGAUGUAUUGAGGAAUGAAGCACGGGUCAUGGAAGGUCUGCAUAGACUGGGAAUAGAAGGUGCUUCUCUGCACAAUGUUUUGAAACUGAACAUCCAGCCCUCUGAGGCCGACUAUGCUGUUGACAUCCGGAGUCCUGCUAUUUCGUGGAUCAACAACCUGGAGGUCGAUAGCAGAUAUAAUUCAUGGCCUUCCAGUCUGCAAGAGUUGCUCCGACCUACCUUUCCUGGUGUUAUCCGGCAGAUCCGUAAGAACUUGCAUAACAUGGUGUUUAUCGUUGAUCCUGCUCAUGAGACCACAGCAGAGCUGAUGACCACAGCGGAGCUGUUCCUCAGUAACCAGAUACCACUCAGACUUGGUUUAAUCUUUGUGGUUAAUGACUCUGAAGAUGUGGAUGGGAUGCAGGAUGCUGGAGUGGCCAUCAUGAGGGCGUACAAUUAUGUUGCUCAAGAGGUGGAUGGUUACCAUGCUUUCCAGACUCUGACACAUAUAUAUAAUAAAGUAAGGACCGGAGAAAAGGUAAAAGUUGAACAUGUGGUCAGUGUCCUGGAGAAGAAAUAUCCGUAUGUAGAAGUGAAUAGCAUCUUGGGGAUUGAUUCUGCCUAUGAUCAAAAGCGGAAGGAAGCAAGAGGCUACUAUGAGCAGACAGGAGUCGGCCUCCUGCCCGUCGUUCUGUUCAAUGGGAUGCCCUUGGAGAGGGAGCAGCUGGACCCCGACGAACUGGAAACCGUCACGAUGCACAAGAUCCUGGAGACCACCACCUCCUUCCAGCGAGCAGUGUACCUGGGUGAACUAUCCCACGAUCAAGAUGUGGUAGAGUAUAUUAUGAAUCAGCCGAAUGUUGUUCCACGAAUCAAUUCCAGGAUUUUGACAGCUGAGCGAGAAUACCUGGAUUUAACAGCAACCAAUAACUUUUUUGUGGAUGAUUAUGCAAGAUUUUCUGCCUUGGAUUCUCAAAGCAAGACUGCUGCUAUAGCCAAUAGUAUGAACUAUCUGACAAAGAAAGAUGAUUCUUUUAUUAGGCCAGUGACUUUUUGGAUUGUUGGGGAUUUUGAUAGCCCUCCUGGAAGGCAAUUAUUGUAUGAUGCUAUUAAACACCAGAAAUCCAGUAACAAUGUUAGAAUAAGCAUGAUCAAUAAUCCCAGUGAAGAGAUAAGUUAUGAGAACACUCGGAUCUCCAGAGCAAUCUGGGCAGCUCUCCAAACGCAGACCUCCAGCUCUGCUAAGAACUUCAUCACGAAGAUGGCCAAGGAGGAGACUGCGGAGGCCCUGGCGGCAGGGGCUGAGAUCGGGGACUUCUCUGUUGGGGGCAUGGAUUUCAGUCUUUUUAAAGAGGUCUUUGAGUCUUCCAAAAUGGAUUUCAUUUUGUCUCAUGCCAUGUACUGCAGGGAUGUCCUGAUGCUGAAGAAGGGGCAGCGGGCAGUGAUCAGCAAUGGAAGGAUCAUUGGGCCACUGGAGAAUAGUGAGCUCUUUAAUCAAGAUGAUUUCCACCUUCUAGAAAAUAUCAUCUUAAAAACUUCAGGACAGAAAAUUAAAUCUCAUAUUCAGCAGCUUCGGGUAGAAGAGGAUGUGGCAAGUGACUUGGUAAUGAAGGUGGAUGCUCUCCUGUCGGCUCAACCAAAAGGCGAUGCAAGAAUCGAGUACCAGUUUUUUGAAGACAGACACAGUGCAAUUAAACUAAGGCCGAAAGAAGGAGAGACGUACUUCGAUGUCGUGGCUGUCAUUGACCCUGUCACCAGAGAAUCACAGAGACUUGCUCCAUUGCUCCUGGUGUUAACUCAGCUGAUCAACAUGAAUCUAAGAGUGUUUAUGAACUGCCAAUCCAAACUUUCUGACAUGCCUUUGAAAAGCUUUUACCGUUAUGUCUUAGAACCAGAGAUUUCCUUCACUUCAGACAGCAGUUUUGCUCAGGGUCCAAUAGCCAAGUUUUUGGAUAUGCCGCAGUCCCCUCUGUUCACUCUGAACUUGAACACGCCCGAGAGCUGGAUGGUGGAGCCUGUGAGAACACCAUAUGAUCUGGAUAAUAUUUAUUUGGAAGAGGUGGACAGCGUAGUGGCUGCUGAGUACGAGCUGGAGCACCUCUUACUAGAAGGUCACUGCUACGACAUCACCUCUGGGCAGCCUCCACGAGGGCUGCAGUUCACACUGGGGACUUCAGCCGAGCCGGUCACUGUGGACACCAUUGUCAUGGCCAACCUGGGCUACUUUCAGUUAAAGGCCAACCCAGGAGCUUGGAUUCUCAGACUGCGGAAGGGACGUUCUGAAGAUAUUUAUAGGAUCUACAGCCAUGACGGGACAGACUCUCCACCUGAUGCUGGUGAAGUUGUUGUUGUCCUCAAUAACUUCAAGAGCAAAAUCAUUAAAGUGAAGGUUCAGAAGAAGGCAGACAUGGUGAAUGAAGACUUGCUGAGUGAUGGGACGAAUGAGAAUGAAUCUGGAUUCUGGGAUUCCUUCAAAUGGGGCUUCACAGGAGGACAGAGGACUGAGGAAGUGAAACAAGAGAAAGAUGAUAUAAUUAAUAUCUUCUCCGUUGCAUCUGGUCAUCUCUAUGAAAGAUUUCUUCGCAUAAUGAUGUUAUCAGUCCUGAAGAAUACCAAGACUCCUGUGAAAUUUUGGUUUUUGAAGAAUUAUUUGUCCCCCACAUUUAAGGAGUUCAUCCCCUACAUGGCUGACAAGCACAGCUUCCAGUACGAGCUGGUGCAGUACAAGUGGCCGCGCUGGCUCCACCAGCAGACUGAGAAGCAGCGCAUCAUCUGGGGCUACAAGAUCCUCUUCCUGGACGUGCUCUUCCCGCUGGCUGUUGACAAGGUGCUGUUCGUGGACGCCGAUCAGAUCGUAAGAACAGAUCUAAAAGAGCUAAGAGAUUUCAACUUGGAUGGUGCCCCUUAUGGUUAUACUCCAUUCUGUGAUAGCCGGAAAGAGAUGGAUGGCUACCGGUUCUGGAAGUCAGGGUACUGGGCCAGCCACUUAGCUGGGCGCAAGUAUCACAUCAGUGCGCUGUAUGUUGUCGAUCUGAAGAAGUUUAGGAAGAUAGCUGCUGGUGACAGACUCAGGGGACAGUACCAAGGCCUGAGCCAGGAUCCCAACAGUCUUUCAAAUCUUGAUCAAGAUUUGCCCAAUAAUAUGAUCCAUCAGGUGCCAAUCAAAUCGCUCCCUCAGGAGUGGCUUUGGUGUGAGACGUGGUGUGAUGACGCCUCCAAGAGGGGGGCGAAGACAAUCGACUUGUGUAAUAAUCCAAUGACCAAAGAGCCCAAGCUGGAAGCAGCUGUCCGAAUCGUCCCCGAGUGGCAGGACUAUGACCAGGAGAUCAAGCAGCUGCAGAUGCGCUUUCAGAAGGAGAAGGAGACGGGAGCGCGGCACGAGGAGCGGACGGCCACGGAGCCAGGCGCGGAAGGACCUCAGACACACGAAGAAUUAUGAUCUGCGGAGAAGUAUAGGAAAUCGCACCAUUUGAAAAACAUUUUUUAUAUUCAACGCUAGUUUUUUCUGAUCUGUCUAUACAACUGCUGAUGAAUUGGCUGGGCAGGUGUGCCUAGGCCCUUUUGAUUCUGAGCAUCGACUUUGAGACCUGCAUCCUGGCUGGGUCUUUGGAGCUAAGGCUCUCCUGGGUCUGUACCUC